AUGAAAAGUCCACAUAAAAAAGAAAUGAAGUCCAUCUUUGCUUUCUCCAUACUAUUUUAUCUCUUUCUGGUUGCUGACCUCUCUUAUGCAAGAAAAGACAUGGGAGAUUAUUGGAAGAAUAUGAUGAAUGAUGAACCUAUGCCUGAAGCAAUCAAAGAACUUGUUCAAACUCCAGAGGUAACAGAUGCAGGGAAAAAUAAUAACUUCAUUCUAGACUUUGAUGUAAGGCCUAAUGUCAUAUUGUAUCACACACAUGUUGAGUCUAAGAAACAACAUGUCUUGGUGAAAAACUCUGAACAACAAGAGUUCCAUGGAGUUACAGAAAAUCAUGGUUGA